UCGGCGCGUACUAGGCGGCACUAUACAUUGGUUGUCACUUCCUCCCGUGUCACUUCGUUUGCUCUGAAGAGCAAGUUGCGAAUUUGGGCAGUCAUGAAACAUGGAGUAGCCUUUCGAAAAUUCUCGAGGACGUCCUCACAUCGGAACUUAAUGCUACGGAAUCUUGUGACUUCCCUCUUCGAGCAUGAGCAGAUUAGAACAACAUUGGCCAAGGCCAAGGACACCGCCAGGCUGGCAGAGAAGAUCAUCACGCUGGGAAAGAAGAACAACGAGACUUCGUAUCGCCAGGCCCAGGCAUUCAUCUUGAAACCUCCUGUCCUCCCUAAACUUUUUACCACCUUCGCUGAACGUUAUGCAAAUCGGCCAGGGGGCUAUACGCGAAUUCAUAGGCUCGAUAAUCGAUUCGGAGACAAUGCACCCAUUGCUCUCCUUGAGCUGGUCGACAAUCCCCGGGACUUCAAAUUGGAGAUGACUGCACGUGCAGUAGGGCGGGAACUCUUGAAUGAGAAGCUUCGGUGGGACUCACCCCGUGGUGUCGUCAACAGUGGUGUCCAACAUGCAGAGACUGCUGUUGCAAAAGAGCUGAAGUUGGCCGGAUUUGACAGCAGUGAAUUACGGCCAACAACGAGGCGUAAUCUUCAGAAAGUCAUGAAAUAUCGAGGUCGAGAGGCAUUAACAGAAAUAGGUGCCAAGGCUUCAGCUUAUAUUGAAACCAUUUUGGCCAAGCCAGUCGCUGAAGCCAAAAUGCAACUUCGCGCUGACUCCAAGGAGAAGGAGAAAGCUCGGAAAAGAGGGAACCCUAACUUCGUGGGCAGCUUCCCUGUUUUGCCAGCUCGUGCAGGUGUUGCAUCACCGGGAGAGACUCGGCCUGCUAUGCGGCUCGUUCAAGGUGCACUCGGUCGACCUGCUCGUUGGAGGGGUAGGCAUGCACUGGCAUGAUAUCAUGCAUGUUUGAUUACAAUCUUAGGU